AUGCACCAGCACGUCCUGAUGGCCGGCUACAAGAUCCCCCAUCCCAACGUGUCCGAGAUGUUCAUCCGCGUCCAGACAGACGGCACGAUCACUCCGAAAGACGCCGUGACGGAGGUCAUCAAGGACCUCAUGAAGGACUUCUCCCACCUCGCGCAGGAGUUCAUCCGCGAGUACGAGCUGCGCCGCGUCGUCGAGGCGCGCCAGCACGAUCAGACGAACGGACAGUAG